AUGGAGGAUUAUGAAACUGUGGCAUUAACAGAAGAGUGUAGUGCAAUUAUUCAAAAGAAACUUCUUCAAAAGUUAAGAGAUUCGGGUAGUUUCACUAUACCUUACACCAUUGGGAACUUUUAUUGUGAGAGGGCUUUAUGUGAUCUGGGUUCAAGCAUUAAUUUAAUGUCGCUACCCAUAUUAAAAGGACUUGGUUUAGGGGAAGCUAAACCUACUACUGUUACUCUUCAACUGGUUGACCGUUCAUUAACACAUCCUCGAGGUAUUAUAGAGGACGUUCUUGUAAAGGUAGAUAAGUUCAUUUUCCCAGUGGAUUUCAUUGUAUUAGAUAUGGAGGAAGAUGAGGACGUGCCUAUUAUAUUGGGAUGA